AUGUCGCUGGGUCAUACUGGUGACCCUGAUCCUGAGAAAAUGAAAACAGACGCAGCCAAGGUCGAACAUCUCGACACACGGCAUCAAAAGGAGAGCACUGAGGCUGGUCUAAGAACUCCUGAACCGGCCAUGUAUCAAAACAUUGAAGAUGUCCGCUCAGAAAGUUUCAUGUCUGAGCAGCGGCAAGGCUCAGUCGCUGAUGCCGCUAGCACCCAUUCGGAUGUGCAACAUACCGUUGUUCCCUAUAGCUGGAUGUCAGGCUACGAUGACAACAGCUUCGCAGACGACUUGCAUGAUCCGGCUAAACCUUUGCGUGGUGCGUUUGAACCAAAGCGCGCUGUACUCAACGUUGGAUCAUUAAUUAUCUUGGUUUUAUGCUUGCUCAUGUUGUUCGCAGGCUAUCCAAUUCUGCAUCACUACACAGAAGGGAACGGAAAUGAUGAUCGCAUCAAUGAUUUUAAAAAGAUUUUUGAUGUUCACUCACCCAUUCCCGAUAGCAUACCCAUCUCACGCGUCAACUCAUCUAAGUUGCAAAAGGCUUUCGACGAAAAAGCUAAAAUGAUGAUUGACCCGGAUACCCCAGAGGAUGCUUUUGAAUUGGGCUCCACGUACUCAAAAUCAGAAGGCAAAAAGUUCAAGUUGGUCUUUUCAGACGAAUUUAAUACGGAUGGUCGUUCUUUUUAUCCUGGAGAAGACCCUUUCUGGGAAGCUGCUGACUUGCACUAUUGGGCUACCAAUAACUAUGAGUGGUACGACCCUGCUGCAGUGUACACGAAAGAUGGAUCUCUUCGUCUUCGCCUUGAUCAGCAUCAGGAGCACAACCGCUACUUCCGUGGUGGCAUGCUUCAGUCAUGGAAUAAAUUUUGCUUCCGCAAUGGUAUUCUCAUCGCCAGUAUACAACUUCCCGGGUACCGAUCUGUGGCUGGUCUCUGGCCUGCUUUUUGGAUUAUGGGUAAUUUGGGUCGUGCUGGCUAUGGUGCAACUUUGCAGGGGACUUGGCCGUACUCGUAUGAUCACUGCGACGUUGGAACUCUGAUGAACCAAACACUUUUUAACUCUGUUCAUCCCGAUGGAUAUCCUCGUGAAAAUAUAAUAAGAGGUGGUGCCACCGCUUUCAACGAGCAACACGAAACCCGCUCACUUUCAUUCCUGCCCGGUCAAAAACUAUCUAGGUGCACUUGUCCUGGUGAAGAUCACCCAGGCCCCUUCAGAAAUGGGGAAUUCGUUGGUCGUUCCGCCCCAGAAAUCGAUGUUUUCGAGGCCCAGAAGAUGGGCAGAAACAUGGGCGUAUCACAAUCUUGCCAGAUGGCGCCUUACAAUUAUCAAUAUGACAUCACGUAUGGUAAGAAUAAGUCUGACGUGUAUCAAUUUUUUACCAGUCAGGGCUCACUUAAUCCUUACAAUGGUGAAAUCACGCAACAAUCACUAAGUGGCACCAGCUUGGCAAGUCAAGAGGCCAUCCAGUAUGUGGCAGAUUCGUUGGACACGACAGAAGAAGGCAAUUUCGCCACCUACUCAUUAGAGUUCAAGGGUGGUUCCGAUGGUCAUGUGUCGUGGACGAGUAAUGGUAGAAAGACAUGGGAACUUUACCCAGGUGCCCUGGCACCUGAUAACCGGACUCUGAUUAACAGUCGCCAAUACCCCAAAGAACCAAUGUACAUUAUCAUGAACCUGGGCAUCUCGAAAAACUUUGGCGACCCGGAAUGGGAUGAUAUUAUGGAAGGAUUCCCGUAUGAAAUGGCUGUGGAUUGGGUUCGUGUUUACCAGGACCCUGAUGACCCGGAGUCAGAUACUGGCUGCAGUCCAGAUGAUAUGCCAACGUCGGGCUAUAUUGAGCGUCACCUGGAGGCAUACACGAAUGCAAACUUGACGGUUUGGGGCGGUGGGCCUGAUGAAGGUGGCUACGGGGCCUACUGGCCAUUGAAUCGUCUGUAUUCUAAAGGUUGUAAGGGUACUCGUUCGACGGAACCUGGUGACCCAGACCGCUCUCAUGUCCCAGCUAAACACGUUCCAUCUGCCUCUGUCACCAUGAUUCCUGGUGCUCAGCCGUUUCAACAAAAUCAAUCAUAG